AUGAUAAGUGCCAUUAAUUAAGAUCAAUAAUAAUAAUAUUCCAAACAUUUAGAUUUAAAACAAAAUAUGAUAUUAAACUUCAGCAAGUUAUUUCAUCCAAUCAAUAAUCAAUUAGGAAUAGAAUUAUAAUAAUAAAAAUUUCAUGGUAUUUAACUAAAUGAAUAGAAAUGGCAAUAAGCCUAAGAAUUUUUAUUUAAAAGAUUAAAGUAAUUAGAGAAAGAAUAGUCGUUUGCUAGCUUCUUUCAAAGUACUUUAUUAUAUAUUUUUAAAGGUAUUUCAUUAUAUUAAAUGAAUCAAUGUUAGAAAGCAUAUAAUUUGAGAGAAUAUGCUAAAUAAAUAAUUAAUAACUUCUAUAUAGAUUUAUUCAAUCAUUCAGAAUUAGAAUUAAAAAAGAAUGCGAAAAAUAAAUGUAUUUUAAUAGCAAAAAGUAUUUUCUAAUAUUUUCAUUUUUCUAGGUGAUGUAUUAAAUUAACAAAAGUAAUACGAGUCAGCUCUUUAAUAAUGUGAUUUAAUAUUAAAUGAGGAACCAUAAAAUCUACAUGCUAUAAACAGAAAACGUAAAACUUUAUGAUAAAGAUUUUACUUUAUAGGUUGUUCAUUAGAUGAUUUAGAAAAAUACAAUGAUGCAAUUAUAUGCUAUGAUAAGGCAAUACAAAUAGAUCCUAAUUAUGCAAUUGCUUGUUUUUAUAAAGGUUUAUAUAUAAUUUGACUUUAAUAGGCAAUUCAUUGUACUAAAUCUAUAAAAAUACAAUCAUGCAAUUAAGGCAAUAUAGAUAAAUCCUAUUUAUGCCGAUGCUUAUUUUAAUAAAGUUUAUGUAUAAUUUAAUUUUCAUAGGCAAUUAAUUAUGCAAUCUACAAAAAUACAAUGAUGCAAUUAACUGCUAUGAAAAGGUAAUAAAAAUAGAUCCUAAUUAUGUUAUUGCCUAUUGCAAGAAAGUAUCAGAAAUAUUUUGUUUUUAAAAAGCUAUAAUUUAUAAUUUGUAGACUAUACAUGAUUUAUAAAAAUUCAAUGAUGCUAUUUAUUGCUAUGAUAAGGAAAUACAAAUAAAUCCUAAUGAUGCAGAUGCCUUUUUAUAUAAAGGUUUCUCUAUAAUUUCAUUUAAUAGGGUAUGAAUUACUCAAAUAAAUUAUUAUUUAGAAAGUCUUAAAAAAUAUGAUUUAGCCUUAUAAAAUUACGAUUAGUCAAUAAUGAUUGCCAAAAUAAAUACUUAAGCUUUUAAAAACAAAGGUAAUUCUUAAUCAUUUAUAUAAGAUUCUUUAACCAAAAUGAAAAAUUAUUUAUUAACAAUUAAAGUAUAUGACCAGAUUGAAUUUAUAAAACUUAUUGAAGAAAUUAAAAAUUCUUAAUCAAGAAUUAUUUUUAAAAUUAAACAAAAUAUUCAUCAAGAUUUUUAAAUUCACUUUAUAAAUCAUCGAAAAUACUUUUAGAAAUCAAGAAUGAAAAUUUAUCUUCUUUUUAUUUAUGUUUUUAUAAAAUGA